AUGGCAGAAAAUUUGAAGUCCUGUCUUUCUUCGGUUCAACCUAUCUACCAUAUUUUAUCAGUUCCAUUAAAAUCGACCAUUACAUUAGAAGAUAUAAAGAAAGCUUUUUCUUUAUUUCCUCCAGGUUCAGAUUUGUCUAAGGUAACUGAUUUUGAUGGAAUUCUGUGUGAAAUAAAUAUAUUAAGACUUAAUACAGACAAUGAUUAUAAUAACACAUUAAAAUCAAUUAUGGAACCAAGUAAUAAAUUGAAAACUGUUAUACCAUCAGCUAAUGCUUUAUGUCGCUUAGCAUAUACAUCACCAGUCUCUACAGCGACCAAAGAAAGAGUAUUCAGUAUUCUUAAGUUUGUAAAAAAUCAUUUGCGAACAACAAUGACUGACGAGCGAUUAGACAAUCUUAUGGUACUGAACUCAUCCAAGGAUAUUCUGGAUGAGAUAGACAUGACAACAAUGAUAGAAAGUUGGGCAACCCUUAAAGAAUGA